UUUGUCCUUCACCAUCUCUCAUAAUUUCUGUUCAUCGCAGCUGUUAAUAAUCAGCUAGGCCUGGGUUUUGUUUAAUUGAGGGCUCGGUUCCUUCAUUUGGACUUACUCCGUGGAAAGAAUGGCAUCCAACCUCCGAACCAUCACUUAUCGACUCUCCUCCACUCCAAAACAUCUCCUCCCACGAAUUGCGCCCCAGCUAGUAUCAUUCCUCGCUGAGAGCAAAGAUGCAAUUGCAUUCGAUCAAGGGAAAGGGUCGGAACUUUCCAUCCUAGCUCAUAAACUUCGAACCCAGCUUUCUGCAUUGCUCCAAGAAAAGAGUGUCCACUCGAGAUGGACCGCCUUGGUCCUUAUUAAGACCUACCUUGAGAUUGGGGAAUGGGAUGCAGUCGAAAAAUCUGCAAGCUGGGUUCGGGGCGUACUGCAACAUUUCCAGAGACCAAAUCCCCUAUCUGUCAAGCAUUUAUGUGUUCUGAUCCUUUCAAGAGUCUUCCUUCUUUCUCAGGGUCAUCAAACGUUCAUUCGUGAAGUCGUCACACCUUCUCUAUCGGCAUUUGCAACUGCAUGUCUCGAUAUACUAGGGACGACAAAGUACAGCCCAAACUUCACUCGUCAAAAUGAUCUCUUUCAGUCCGUCUUGUCCUGUCUUGGCGAGCUAAUCCCAAAUCACGCUACGUCUUUUCGUCCUUUCGAAACGAAACUGAGAGGCAUAUUGAAAGGGAUUGCUUUCAAUGACACCGUGUAUAUCGCAGAAAGUACCCGACAAAAGGCUGUGGAUUUUCUGGUCGAGCUACACAGAUGUGCCCCCAGGUCGGCCGGUGCCGAGGAAAGGAAGAAAGCGGUCAAAACAUACGUGACCGAAAUUCAUGACGUCCUGUCUAUCCUCUUCAGGGGCGUGGGAGAGGAGCAUCAGCAACAAUCUGCACAGAAAAAUGGAUUUACAUCGCUUGAGGAUGACCCAUUACAAGACGACCCGACCCCUGCCGGGCUCCCUGGGUGGUCAGGGAUCACGCCGGGCUUCGACAGAGGAAUUCGCCUGCUCCAAUUGCUCAGGGCAUAUGUCGCGGUCCCAUAUCCCGAUGCCGUCGACCUCCGGCUGGGUCUUGUAAAUGACCUGUUGGCGAGGAUACUGUCUAUGAAGGGUCCAGGUCCCGGAGAGAUGGCAACUUGGGAGAAAGCCGGAAAGUUCAAUUCUGCAGUCAGCAUGGAAGAAAUGAACGAGCUCUUUGCCCAAUUGCCACUGUUCCAUCUCGCCGCGAUUGACAUCGUUCUUUCCAUCUCCAAGGUGCUUGGGACGGCCUCGUCCAGUGUCAUGGCCCGAACCGCCGAGGACCUGAAUUGGCUAUUUACCACUAAAGCUCCGUCCUCUCAACUCCGACGUGCUGCGUACGACUUUUUAUCGGCUUAUAUCCGCACCAGCGGACCAGCCCUCUCCAAAGAUUCCAUUUCCGACUUAGCUCCGGUCAUGAAGUCCUGCUGCUCUGACCUCGUCCGCAAUUUGGAGGCACCGAGUCAGGAAGCGAAGUCGAACGGCGCUCCCCAGAUAGAGGCGUUCACGACCUCGAAACAGAGACAAGGGAGCCCAAAGGAGUUGGACGCAGACCUAUACCACGCGGCUUACAAGCUCUUGCCUCGCUUAUUCAGCCUCCCGUCCAAGUACGUGGCUUCGUCACUUCGAGUACAUUUCGACCAAGCCGCCCUCCUCCUUCUACAUGAGGAGGCACUUUGCCUGAGCGCCGCAAACCCUCCCGCGGAAAAUGCAAGCAUACUGCCCCUGGCCAGAAGGUUACUGGGUUCCGUCGAUCGACUCGAUACAUUGACUCGACCUCGUCAACCCGUCAUAUCCUCCACGUCUGGGACCUCGGACUUGGAUGAGAAUCAACUGCCUGCAUCUAACAUUGAUGUCCAAAAUACAAUUCGGGAGUCGAGGCACGGUGAUCCGAUUAUUACUAUGUCGGAGGAUGAACCCCAUGGGCUUGCGCCCGAAGUUCAAACCACUAUCAUGGACGAGUCAUCCGAUCCCAUGCAAGACAUCCUGCUGGCUCAGCAUGCCGCUAUGCCUUCGAACGGGGACCAUGAUAGCCUACCUCCAGACACGGCACGGGCAACGAAACGGCACCUUGAGAUGGAGGAAGAACAAUCCAAACGCCAGCGUCUGGAUGUGCAAAGCUUGGGAACAACGACGACUCUUACCUCAACGUCAACCGUGUCAAAGACGUACCCAGUGGAGUCUGGCAUUGACUCCGAGAUUUCAAGCAAUAUCAAAAGCAAAGCAGAACAGCUCGCCAAGCCGGUGGCUACUGCUACGCCCGCGCAGAAAGCGGAGGCAAUUCAAGAAGUACAGGAAGAGCAGACAAGUGACGAUGACAGCGACUUUGAGAUCCCACCCCUUACAAUGAAUCCCGACGCGGAUCUUGAAUCCGACUAGAGCCCGGGAGCAAUUUUUGUCUAGUAAAUCUGGUGGAUUGUGGCUAUGAACCAUACCUGUCAAUAGAUGCCCUUCCUAGAGCUACCCUAGGUUUCUAAUUGAAAAAAGAGCCUUUUCCUUGGAUGUCCUCGUGUUAAAUUCAAUGCACCCCUCGAUCCCUAUCCUCAUGCUCAUCGAUCCAACGAUUGACCCAAACACAUCUCAUAAUACAUCCCCCUCCUC